AAACUCCUCGUUUAUUUCAACUACAUUCGACCGUCACACAUUUCUCUACCUUAACUUGUAAGCAAUAAUCAUCUUUUUCUUACUGCAAAAUUCUAAAUCUCAUUCUCAUUUCUCACAACCCAUCUACCAAAUCACAAAUUUUAUUUUCUCUCUCCUCAUUUCUCAAAUGGCAACAACAGCUCCACCAAUCCUCCCAAUCUCCACCCCCACCACCACCCCAGCCACAAUCACAACCACCACAACCACCACAACCUCCGACACCACCAUCACCCCAACCCCCGCUUUCCGCGCAUUCAUCUCUCGUCUCCACGACCAAAUCAAAGACGCUCUCUCCCAAGCCCGCCCAUGGCCCGAACUCAUCGACAGAUCCGCCAUCUCUAAACCCGACUCUUUCUCCGACGCAACUACACGUCUCCGCAAAAACUACUCCUACUUCCGCGUCAAUUACCUCGCAUUCAUCUCCUCCGUCGUCGCUCUAUCUCUCGUUACUCAUCCUUUCUCUCUCCUCACCCUUGCCUUCCUCCUCGCUACAUGGUCCUUCUUUUACCUCUUCAAGCCCGACGAUAGGCCCGUUGUUCUUUUUGGGCGGACUUUCUCUGAUCGUGAAACCCUAGGAUGUCUUACUCUUCUUAGUAUAUUCGUUGUUUUUCUUACCAAUGUUGCGUCUGUUCUUAUGUACGCUGUAUUUGUCGGUGUUGCUGCUGUUUGUGCGCAUGGUGUUUUUAGGGUUCCUGAAGAUCUUUUCCUUGAUGAACAAGAUUCUUCUAUUGGUGGUGAAACGACUGGGUUUUUGUCGUUUCUUGGUGCUGCUACACGUGGAGCUGCCCCUGCUCGUGUUUGAUGAUCGUUUGAUUUUGGUGGAUCGUUU